AUGGACAUGGACGUGGACGUGGACGUGGACGUGGACGUGGACAUGGACGUGGACGUGGACAUGGACGUGGACGUGGACGUGGACGUGGACAUGGACGUGGACGUGGACAUGGACGUGGACGUGGACGUGGACAUGGACGUGGACGUGGACGUGGACAUGGACGUGGACGUGGACGUGGACGUGGACCUGGACGUGGACGUGGACGUGGACGUGGACGUGGACGUGGACGUGGAUAUGGACGUGGACGUGGACGUGGACGUGGACGUGGACGUGGACGUGGACGUGGACGUGGACGUGGACGUGGACGUGGACGUGGACAUGGACGUGGACAUGGACGUGGAGGACUUGGACGACUUGGACGUGGACGUGGACGUGGACAUGGACGUGGACGUGGACGUGGACGUGGACGUGGACGUGGACGUGGACGUGGACGUAGACGUGGACGUGGACGUGGACGUGGACGUGGACGUGGACGUGGACGUGGACGUGGACGUGGACGUGGACGUGGACGUGGACGUGGACGUGGACGUGGACGUGGACGUGGACGUGGACGUGGACGUGGACGUGGACGUGGACGUGGACGUGGACGUGGACGUGGACGUGGACGUGGACGUGGACGUGGACGUGGACGUGGACGUGGACGUGGACGUGGACGUGGACGUGGACAUGGACGUGGACGUGGACGUGGACGUGGGCGUGGACGUGGACGUGGACGUGGACGUGGACAUGGACGUGGACAUGGACGUGGACGUGGACGUGGACAUGGACGUGGACGUGGACAUGGACGUGGACGUGGACGUGGACGUGGACAUGGACGUGGACAUGGACGUGGACGUGGACAUGGACGUGGACGUGGACGUGGACGUGGACGUGGACGUGGACGUGGACGUGGACGUGGACGUGGACGUGGACGUGGACGUGGACGUGGACGUGGACGUGGACGUGGACGUGGACAUGGACAUGGACGUGGACGUGGACGUGGACAUGGAUAGGGACGUGGACGUGGACAUGGACAUGGACGUGGACGUGGACGUGGACGUCGACGUGGAUGUGGACGUGGACGUGGACAUGGACAUGGACGUGGACGUGGACGUGGACAUGGAUAGGGACGUGGACGUGGACGUGGACAUGGACGUAGACGUGGACGUGGGCAUGGACAUGGACGUGGACGUGGACGUGGACGUGGACGUGGACAUGGACGUGGACGUGGACAUGGACGUGGACGUGGACGUGGACGUGGACAUGGACGUGGACGUGGACAUAGACGUGGAUGUGGACGUGGACAUGGACGUGGACGUGGACGUGGACGUGGACAUGGACGUGGACGUGGACGUGGACGUGGACGUGGACGUGGACGUGGACGUGGACGUGGACGUGGACAUGGACGUGGAUAUGGACGUUGACGUGGACGUGGACGUGGACAUGGACGUGGAGGUGGACGUGGACGACUUGGACGUGGACGUGGACGUGGACAUGGACGUGGACAUGGACGUGGACGUGGACAUGGACAUGGACGUGGACUUGGACGUGGACGUGGACGUGGACGUGGACGUGGACAUGGACGUGGACGUGGAUGUGGACGUAGACGUGGACGUGGACGUGGACGUGGACGUGGACGUGGACGUGGACGUGGACGUGGACGUGGACGUGGACGUGGACGUGGACGUGGACGUGGACGUGGACGUGGACGUGGACGUGGGCGUGGACGUGGACGUGGACGUGGACGUGGACGUGGACGUGGACGUGGACAUGGACGUGGACGUGGACGUGGACGUGGGCGUGGACGUGGACGUGGACGUGGACGUGGACAUGGACGUGGACAUGGACGUGGACGUGGACGUGGACAUGGACGUGGACGUGGACAUGGACGUGGACGUGGAGGUGGACGUGGACAUGGACGUGGACAUGGACGUGGACGUGGAAAUGGACGUGGACGUGGACGUGGACGUGGACGUGGACGUGGACGUGGACGUGGACGUGGACGUGGGCGUGGACGUGGACGUGGACAUGGACGUGGACGUGGACAUGGACGUGGACGUGGACGUGGACGUGGACAUGGACGUGGACAUGGACGUGGACGUGGACGUGGACGUGGACGUGGACGUGGACGUGGACGUGGACGUGGACGUGGACGUGGACAUGGACGUGGUGGACAUGGUGGACGUGGACGUGGACGUGGACGUGGACGUGGACAUGGGACGUGGACGUGGACGUGGACGUGGACGUGGACAUGGACGUGGACAUGGACGUGGACAUGGACGUGGACAUGGGCGUGGACGUGGACAUGGACGUGGACGUGGACAUGGACGUGGACAUGGACGUGGACAUGGACGUGGACGUGGACAUGGACGUGGACAUGGACGUGGACGUGGACAUGGACGUGGACGUGGACAUGGACGUGGACGUGGACGUGGACGUAGACGUGGACAUGGACGUGGACGUGGACGUGGACGUGGACGUGGACGUGGACGUGGGCGUGGACGUGGACGUGGACGUGGACGUGGACGUGGACGUGGACGUGGACGUGGACAUGGACGUGGACGUGGACGUGGACGUGGACAUGGGACGUGGACGUGGACGUGGACGUGGACAUGGACGUGGACGUGGACGUGGACGUGGACAUGGACGUGGACGUGGACGUGGACGUGGUGGACGUGGACGUGGACGUGGACGUGGACGUGGACGUGGACAUGGACCUGGACGUGGACGUGGACAUGGACGUGGACGUGGACGUGGACGUGGACAUGGACGGACGUGGACAUGGACAUGGACGUGGACGUGGACGUGGACGUGGACAUGGACGUGGACGUGGACGUGGACAUGGACGUGGACGUGGACGUGGACGUGGACGUGGACGUGGACUGGACGUGGACGUGGACGUGGACGUGGACAUGGACGUGGACGUGGACGUGGACGUGGACGUAG